CUGCGAGCACCAGCCAUUUUACUUAUGGAAAGCAGGGUGGCAUAUUCCGCCGAGCGUUACCCUGGAAGAAGCAUUUUUUAAACAGCUAUUCAGAGAGGAGAGGAGCGAUGGGCACCUUAGCAUACAAUGCUCAGAGCCGGCCGCCUGCAAGCUGCCGCUGGGACAGGCUGCUGACUGCUGCUCCCCGGAGCUGAGCUGAGAAACUGGAAUGCGGCGAGAUAAUGCUGCAUAUCUGCUAUCAGACAGCAGAAAGGGUUUUGUCUCGGGAAGGCAAGCCUUGCCUGCAAUAUUAUCUCAGCAGCUCUCUAGCUGCUCAGCCUGAAAACUAGUGACCCAGAAGGAGGGCGCUCCCGCCUGCGAGCCGGGGGCGAGGCCGUGUCUGCCAGGGCGGGGAAGCAGGUGUGCGCUGCUCGGGUGGCCGCGGGGCUGGGACCCGGCGGCAGGGCGCUCUCAGGUUCACCUGCUUCCGGGGGACAGGCCGUUGGCUCCCAGAGCAUCUGCCUGCACGCCGAGGCCGCGGCCCAGCAGGAGCCCUGUGUGGCCACUCACUGACAGAGACACUUGGAUUGGACUUAAUCUGAAAUCUCUGGAGUUCAAGACCUUUUAAAAAGGACUAAAUAAACAAUCUCUACAUGUAAAGGCCACUGACUCCUACUUCCUCUGUUCAGAGCCACUGCUGAGCCCAGCUGCCUGGAGGGAAACUGAAGACUUUAAUAACAAACCCUCCAAGGUCAAAAUGAACACAGAUAGCGGUGGGUGUGCUCGCAAACGUGCUGCCAUGUCUGUUACAUUAACAUCUGUGAAGAGAGUUCAGAGUUCUCCAAACCUGUUGGCUGCAGGCCGUGAUUCUCAGUCACCAGACUCAGCUUGGAGAUCUUACAAUGACCCAAAUCAAGAGCCACUGAACGGAGAUGCUACAUAUUCCUCUCUUGCAGCCAAAGGCUUUAGAAGCGUGCGACCAAACCUGCAAGAAAAAAGAUCGCCCACCCAGAGCCAAAUAACAGUGAAUGGAAACUCUGGAGGUGCUGUGAGUCCAAUGAGCUACUACCAGCGACCGUUUUCACCUUCAGCCUACUCUCUGCCAGGCUCACUCAAUUCCAGCAUCAUCAUGCCACAUGGCCGGUCACUCGACUCCACAGACACAUAUGCCCAGCACGCACAGUCCCUGGACGGCGCCUUGGGCAGCUCCAUCCCACUGUACAGAUCCUCCGAGGAGGAGAAGAGGGUGACGGUCAUCAAAGCCCCGCAUUACCCAGGGAUCGGGCCCGUGGACGAAUCCGGCAUCCCCACGGCGAUCAGAACGACAGUGGACCGGCCGAAGGACUGGUACAAGACCAUGUUCAAGCAGAUCCACAUGGUGCACAAGCCGGAUGAUGACAGUGACAUGUAUAAUACUCCUUACACAUAUAACGCAGGCCUGUACAACUCACCCUACAGCACUCAGUCACAUCCUGCUGCAAAGACCCAGACCUACAGACCCCUCUCCAAAAGCCACUCGGACAAUGGCACAGAUGUCUUCAAGGACGCCUCCUCCCCCGCCCCGCCCCCACAGGUUCCUCCUCCAGUCCCUCCGCAUCGACCAAGAGAUCGGUCUGCAACAGAAAAGCAUGACUGGGAUCCUCCAGACAGGAAAGUGGACACGAGAAGAUUCCGUUCUGAGCCCAGGAGCAUUUUUGAAUACGAACCCGGGAAGUCGUCGAUUCUGCAGCAUGAACGACCUCCUCCUAAAAAGGCUCUGGACUAUGUUCAAGACCAUUCUUCUGGUGUUUCCAACGAGGCCUCCUUGUACCAAUCCUCUAUCGACAGAAGCCUGGAAAGACCCAACAGUUCUGCAGGCCUGGCCAGUGACUUCAGAAAAAGGAGGAAGAGCGAGCCCGCCGUGGGGCAGCCGAGGGGCCUGGGGGACCCACGGGCCAGCAGGACCGGCCCCGGCCGGGCGGACGGCCCGGGAUCAAGCGCCACCCUGACCCAGUCUUUCAUUAGUUCUUCCCCUUCCUCACCGUCCAGAGCAAAAGGUGGGGAUGAUAGCAAAAUGUGUCCGUCCCUUUGCAGUUGCUCAGGGCUCAACGGUAACCCCUCCAGCGAGGCGGAUUACUGUAACACUUACCGACAGCACCUGGACGUGCCGCGGGACUCCCAGCGGGCCAUCACUUUCAAAAACGGCUGGCAGAUGGCCCGGCAAAACGCCGAGGUCUGGAGCAGCACCGAGGAAGCCGUUUCCCCCAAAAUCAAGUCCCGCAGUUGCGAUGAUCUCCUAAACGAUGAUUGCGACAGCUUCCCUGACCCGGCGACCAAGUCGGAAAGUAUGGGUUCUUUGCUCUGCGACGAGGACUCCAAGGAGGGCUGCCCGGGCCCAUGGGUGUCCCCCUACCUCCAGGAGGCCCACAGCAAUGGCAGGUCCCGGCUUCGCCACAGGGCAGCCCACAAUGCCCCAGGGUUCCUGAAAAUGUAUAAGAAAAUGCACCGCAUUAACCGCAAGGACCUGAUGAACUCAGAGGUGAUCUGCUCCGUGAAGUCGAGAAUCAUGCAAUAUGAGAAUGAACCGCACAGCAAGGGCCUGCUGCAGGGAUGGAGCCAGUGCUCCGCCGAGGAGGUGCCCAGGGACAUGGUCCCCACCCGCAUCUCUCAAUUUGAAAAGCUGAUUCAGAAGUCAAAAUCCAUGCCCAAUUUAGGAGACGAAAUGCUCUCUCCUGUGAUCCUAGAACCAGAGCAAAAUGGUCUAUGCCCCAAAAGGCGGUUUUCCAUCGAGUCUUUGCUGGAGGAAGAAAGUCCAAGCAGACACCCUUGUCAGGCCCAGCGAGGCUGCAAGUCCAAAGCCCUGGUGCCCAUUCACAUUGAAGUCACCAGCGCCGAGCAACCGAGAACUCACGCAGAGCUUUCCGACAGCGACCAGGACGGGGUGGUGUCCGACCACAGCGACUACAUUCACGUCGAAGGGUCGUCCUUCUGCAGUGAGAGUGAUUUCGAUCACUUUUCUUUCACGUCCUCUGAAAGUUUCUACGGAUCCAGCCACCACCACCACCACCACCACCACCACCACCAUCACCGGCACCUCAUCAGCUCCUGCAAAGGCAGAUGCCCUGCCUCUUACACCCGCUUCACCACGAUGCUGAAACACGAAAGAGCUAAACACGAAAACGCCGAAGAGCACAGAAGACAGGACCUGGACCCCGGCCUUUCGAAACUCGCGUUUCUAGUCAGUCCCGUGCCUUUCCGGAGGAAAAAACAUUCGACUCCCAAGAAACAGACUGAAAAGGCAAAAUGCAAAGCGUCUGUGUUUGAGGCUCUGGACUCUGCCCUUAAAGACAUCUGUGACCAAAUUAAAGCUGAAAAGAGAAGGGGGAGUUUGCCAGACAACAGUAUCCUGCACCGUCUCAUCAGUGAACUGAUGCCAGACAUCCCCGAAAGGAAUUCAUCGCUCAAAGCUCUAAAAAGGAGCCCCACGCACCAGCCUUUCCACCCACUGCCUCCAGACGGUGCCGCUCACUGUCCGCUGUACCAGAGCGACCGUGGGAGGAUGCCUCACAGUGCCUCUUUCCAGGACAUGGACACCAAUAACCUCAGCUGCCACCACCAAGACCACGAGAGUGCCCUGGGUCUCCAAGACCGCGAGUCCCCUAGGAGUUACUCGUCCACUCUGACUGACCUGGGGAGAAGUGCACCACGGGAAAGAAGAGGAACUCCAGAAAAAGAGAAAUUGCCUGCAAAAGCUGUUUAUGAUUUUAAGGCUCAGACAUCUAAGGAGCUCUCGUUUAAGAAAGGAGACACCGUGUACAUCCUCAGGAAAAUCGACCAGAACUGGUACGAGGGCGAGAACCACGGGCGAGUGGGCAUUUUCCCGAUCUCCUACGUGGAGAAACUCACGCCUCCCGAGAAGGCGCAGCCCGCGAGGCCGCCUCCCCCGGCCCAGCCUGGAGAAAUCGGGGAGGCUGUGGCCAAGUACAAUUUCAGCGCCGACACAAACGUGGAGCUCUCGCUGAGAAAGGGAGAUAGAGUUAUUCUUCUCAAAAGAGUUGAUCAGAACUGGUACGAAGGUAGAAUCCCAGGAACCAACAGACAAGGCAUCUUCCCUGUUUCCUAUGUAGAAGUCAUCAAGAGGAACACAGCCAAAGGUGUGGAGGACUACCCCGACCCUCCCACACCCCACAGCUACUCCAGUGACAGGAUCCACAGCCUAAGUUCAAACAAGCCACAGCGUCCUGUGUUUACUCAUGAAAACAUUCAAGGUGGGGGGGAACCGUUUCAGGCUCUGUAUAACUAUACUCCUAGGAAUGAAGACGAGCUGGAGCUCAGAGAAAGUGAUGUGAUCGACGUGAUGGAAAAGUGUGAUGAUGGAUGGUUCGUGGGAACCUCCAGAAGAACCAAAUUCUUUGGUACUUUCCCCGGAAACUAUGUCAAGAGGCUGUGAGCCACCCUCCCUCCUGUUUAUGCUGCAUUUCAGCACAUCUGCAGAACCUUGCCCCAAAGACCCCUGCAGGCCUCCCGCUGACAUGCCUCAUGGUUUCCAGUAGAAGUCACCCACCAUCACCUUCUCCACCUGCCACCAGACCACCCAAAGAGUAACCGCCAGAGCCUCGGGGAGGGUGACAGGCAUAUUCUGCUUGAAAGUGCAUUUUGCUGCUUUUUGAAAAGUCUAUAUGUUGGAAUCAGAAAGAAAAUCAUUAUACUUAAAAAGGGUUAAAUAUUGGAGGCAAAAAAAAAAAAAAUGAAAGUGUCUCAAGGAAGCUCCCUGGUCCACUUUGGAAGAUGCUCCUCCCCUCAGGCGAGCAGGAGAUGGUUUAUCACUAAAUACUGCAGUGUGCGUUUUCACACUCUUAGCUUGGCGGCAUAUUUUCCUUUCACGAGUUUGCCUAGUGUCCUAGUUUACACGACAUGACAACUGUACUUCAGCUAUUGUUUGCCUGCACUUCUAUGUUGUAAUGUGCACAGUGAUUACAAAACCUAAAGCGAGAGUAGAAAGGCUAAUUCGGAUGAGUGUGAUUUUUGUUGAUUGGAUGUGAGUUUUCGAAUAGCUGUCUCCUCCUGCAAUUCUUUUGUACUUUUUAGAAGUGCAAACAGUAAGUGAAUAAGAGCUUUCGGUAAUAAUCAUGAGACUAUAAGAGGUUUAGCUAGACUACAAAAAAAAAAUACUGUGUUGUAAAGUUGCAUUGCUAUUUUAUAUUAAAAUGUAAUAAUCAGCAUCCUGAACAAUGAGCUCUUAGUGUUUUAUUUAUCUGAUAAAGUUUAAAUAAAAGCAGUGUUAGUGAGAGAUGCAAAACGUUAUUCUAACAUAGACACUUGAAAGUAUCCGUAAGCAAUAUCCAUAGGUAGGAUUUCACUGUGUGUGCACAUAGGCAUUUGCGAUUGUAUGAGAACAGGCAAUCCAUGUGAUGUGUCGUACAUUUUAUGGAAAUGCAAAAGAAUCCCACACAUUAUUUUAUAGAAAUAGAGAACUUUAGAAGUAUCACAGGUAUGAAGGCUGGUUUUAGCAAGAAUUAUGAUCAAUACAAUUAUUUUUACUAUGACAAUUAUUUUUCUUCUAUGGAACUCAGAAUCCUGGCUACAUUUGAGGACAGGAAUAUGUUGAGCACGAUUUUCCUGGUGUGUGUAAAAUAUUUCCUUGGAAUACAUUAGGCACUUUUUUAGAGGUAACGUUAAAUCAUUCAGGUCCUAUUUUCUGCCCUGAGGUAGAAAUUUACAAAAUGAUACCAGGACCUGAGAGAUUUAAUGUGAUUCACAGUGCCUGACUUACACACCCUCUGAGAACUAGCUUUGUAUUUCUUAUGACUUUGCAUAAGAACUAUUCAUAUUUGGAUCUUGAGCACCUUAUAGAUAAAACUUUUUAUGGCAUUUCUUCUGUGGACAGUGAUUGACCUUUUCACAAUGUACGUAGACUCUAGAAUUUUGUACAUAUGUUUGCUCUUUUUUUUGUACAGACUAUUUAGUCGUUGAGAAAACAAGGGAAUUUCCUAACUUGGUCUUUGUCCUUUACUUAAACCAAGCUAAAGAUGAUCCUUUGUAUAUCCCACUGAUCAUAAGCACGCCUCAAUAGUGUGAUUCUGUAAGAUAGCAUUUGUGCAGAAGUUUAUGAGCUUAAAAGACCUUAGCAGCCAAACCGAAAUGUACAUAAAUACCGAAUACAGAGGGAUCUCAAUAGGAAGAAGGUAAAGAAACAUCUCUGAGUAGCCUACCUUGAUUACUGUCAAGUUCACAGCCAGCUUUCUAUUUUAAAGGCCUUGGGUUUGAAAUUAGGUCAACUGCAUGCAGCUUUGCUGAUAAAUGAGUAAUUAUCUUCCAUGCCAUUUAUGAGAAAAGACUUCAAUAUCUGUUGCCUGUCGUAUUUAAGAAAAAUGACUGUUUCUACCCUCUGUAACUGAUUUUAAAAGGAAAAAAUAUUCAUGCCUGGCUUUCAGGUCAUUGACUUUGAAUUCUCACAAGCAAAGGUCAUUGUGUUUUUCUUGAAUAGACAUCUAAUAAAUUUUGCUUGGAAGUA